GAGUGCGGACGUGCCUGCUCCGCUCCGCUCCGCCGCCGGCCUGCUGCCGGCUAACCUCAAAUUUGUGCCACGUGUGUGUGUUUGUUUUGUCAAGAUGACGCAACUUGGGCCGUACUCAAAAGUUUCCUGGGCCUUCACCGACAACCAAAGGCCCGUGCUGCUGACUUCAGAUGAAGAUUUUGUGAAAGCAGUUGUUGCGCAAAUGUCUACCAUGCAGUUUCCGCACAUCAAGAAGCACGUCCCAUCUCCGUACGGACACAUGGUAUGGCCCGAGGAGCUCGACGAGGACAUCGACAAUCUUGCCGACUGGUGCGCCUCUAUUGACCUUCCAGCGCCCCGCGACGGUGUGAUGUUCUUCUCCUACCAGCCCCGGGACACCCAGAGAACAAUUGUUGUCGACGCGGUCCCGGAUUUCAUCAGCAAAGAAGCCAUUCUCGACGCCCUCGUUCAACAUGCUGAAGCGAACGUCCUUGAAGCCGUUGAGCAAGAAAUUGAACCGGAAUGCAAUGACCACAUCAUGGAAAGCCUCUACUCAACGGUGAGUCACAGGAACCUCAAAGUGGUGUUGAAGUGUGACUUGGACAUGUUGGGCUCUGUGCUCACUCGUGGGCUUAUCGUCGGAGGGGUGUCCUUUCGGACACGUUUAGUCCUCUGCUGCGAGGGUGACUACCCUGACGGUAAGGCCCUGCCGCGCCCUGCCCCGCGCGGACCCGACCCGCCCCCCAAGAUCGACGUCGCGUCCCAAACCGAUGCAGUGACGUCAUGCGAGCGUGCGCUUCAGACGCAGCCCCCCUCUCCACCCGCCGCCCAGCCGGCCGGGAGCCGGGGCCGCCGCCGCCGCCACUCCUCCCCCCGCUCCAAGCAGAAGCAGACGACCCCGCCCGCCGCCCGGCCCAAGCAGUGUUAUCGGUGCCAGCAGUGGACUACGGACGCAGCCCACACAUCCAAGACCUGCACAGCGCCCCCUCGGUGCCGGCCAUGCGGCAUCAUCGCGGCGCUGUUCCAUGCGCCCCCCGAGACCCCCUUCUGCGCCAGAGAGGCCAAGCGAGCCUUCUAGACGGACAAGAUUGAAAGGAGGGACCCGCCAUCUCAUCAUCAAGCUACUGGAGAAACUUUUAAGUUGAGUGUGUUUUUUAUCACCAUUUAUUUGCACUUGACAUGCCUUGCUUCUCCGGACUUGUUUUGCCCCUCACUAAUGCCCUGGUUGUGUGUUGCAGGGACCGCAAGGUCAUUUCCCCCCACUUGUGUGUCGGGCGCGUCCCUGCACACCGCCAGUGGCGUGGGGUAGCGCCGCGCGCUUGCGCGACGUUUCGCCGCUCGACUCUGCGCCGGGCCUGUUGGCGAAGCCUCCCAGCGUGGGGUAUCUACCGCGCGCGCUGAGGCAAGAGUAGCGCUGCGCUCUCUCUCUGUACGGGGUAGCGAUGUCCCCCCGCUUCAAAUUAUAUCU